CACUUCCUUGGCUUCACAGGAUGGGGCUGCUGGUGCUCUCAGCCCCUCCUGCCCUCUGGGUCCUAGCGUGCUGCACUCUGCUCCUCUGGCUGUGGGCACUGUGCACAACCUGUGGCAGGAAGCGGGGGCAGAGGCGGUGUGCCAGGCUGCAGGGCAGCGUGAUGCCGGCGGAAGCGGCUCUGCUGAGACAGACCCAGCUCUACUCCCUCAGCAAGUCAGACUCCAGACUGCACGAGUUGCAUGUGGGUCCCCAAGGCUGCAGAGCCCAGCGCCCUGUCAGCAUGGAUCUACACCCCCACUGGCUGGAGGUGUCCAGAGAUCCCCGAAGGCUGCAGGCAGCCCCCUCUGCCUUCCCACACCAGGAGCAGCCCCAGGGCCCACCUGCUGCCACACCCUCUGCUGGCUCUUUGGCCACCUAUUCCAACCUGGCCCUGGUGGCCAUCCCCAGAGCAGGCCUGGCAGCCAGCUCUGUGGCAACUGAGUAUUCCUGCGUGCAGAAGCUCAAGAUAACCCAGAGGGCCCCCCAAGAACUGCAGCAGGCGAAUGCUGAGGUGUCCCCAACUGCUCAGGUGGACAUCCUGUACUCCAGGGUGUGCAAGCCUAAAAGAAGGACCUAGCACCCACUACAGACCCACCGGACCCCAAGGGCAGGGGAGCAAUCCUGGUGCUGGAGAGUGACUUGGCCUAUGAGGUCCUUCCACUCUGGGGCCGGGGUAUGGACCA